CAUGCAUUCGUUUUAUGCAGCGGAACAUUGGCUCCUGCCGCAGCCCCAAAUGCAAUGCAAAGCUGCUUCUCCAUCUCUUCUGUUGGUGCCAGUAUACCCCCCGAUGACUUUCUGUUUGCAGGUUCGUGACGUAGGUUAAGAAGACAGGACAGAACGAGAUGCCGAGAUGGAAUGAUAGACAAAUGUAGGGGCGGAACUUGGAAAUAUUCCUAUUGCUCUCUCCUGAAAUGGACGCAAAUAAGGUUGUGAUAUCGAUGGGGAUGGAUAAGCCGAUUUUAACCGAGAACUGAGCUUGAAGAAGCGCACGCAGCCUUCCACGGAAAUACAUUUAAAAGGUGUUUGCUCACACUGGACGUAUUUGUUUACCAUCAGAGUUUAUUUAUUUUGGAGUGAAGACGAUACAAAGUAGCCUUGCUCAAACACCGUCGUGAUUUCAACCCUCGGAUGGCAUUAGGGGAGUGACUGAAACUUCGCUUCGACGUCUGCCGCUUUUUCUACCACACAGAGAUGAGGGAAGAUGAUCUUUCAUUGACAUGUUAUGAACUGGCCAAAUUCGCCCUUCGUUUUGAUCUCACAAACUUUUUUUCGUUUGUUCUUUAUCGUCUGUCAUUUGUGUAAAGGACACAUUUAAUUAUAUUGUGACUGUUUCAGGUGUUUGGCAUUUACGAAAACAAACAAUUCUAAUAGAAAAACAGUUGACAGUUCUUUCCAACAACAAGCUACGGGAUGGGUUUUCUCCACUGACAGUCGUAUUGUUUUGAUUCCUGCAUGAAAAGUGCCGUGGAAAGUGACGGUCACUAUGCCGAGGAGAAAGCAGCAAGAACCGAGGCGAUCAGCGGCUUACGCAUCGGAGGAUGAGUUUAAGGCAGGAGCGGUGGAUGAGGAACACCUGCAGGAUGACGGGCUGUCACUGAACGGGGAGGAUACUGAGUUCCUUUGCAACGAGGAAGAGGACGGGGGCCAAGCGCCUGGUUACCGCGACUCUCCACUCAGCAACGGCACCAACCCUGAUGCUGGCUAUGGCUCCCCACUCAGUGAUGCCAGCGACCGGCUCACGGACUUCAAGAGCACCUCCUCCAGGGACGGCCAGGAGAGGGAGGAAGCCCCCCUCCCUGCCGUUCCGAACAAUGGCCUUUCCUUAAGGGACAGCCUGGCUCAGAUGAAAGCUGUCUAUGCAAACCUGAUCUCAGAUGCUUCCUGGUCCAGCAUUGCAAUGGACAUCAUGAAAGCCAAGCCGGCUGCCGCUGGCGCCCUCCCCACCGCCCCCAACCCCCCCACACACAACAACAACAACAACAACCCCAGUGAGAACGGCAAUGCUAGCAACCAUCACCAUAACGGCAGAAGCAGUACCACCACCUUUAACCACCACACGAGCGGUGGCAGCUCAAACAGCAACACGGCAACAUCUAUUGGUAGCAACAGUGGCGGUGGGGGCGCCAGCGGUGGGGCCAGUGGUGGCUCUAGUAACGGUGGGGCUGUUGCGUAUGAUUGGCACCAGGCGGCCCUGGCUAAGACCCUCCAGCAUACCCCUUACCAACUGCUGCCUGAGCCUAGCCUGUUCAGCACGGUGCAGCUCUACCGCCAGAACAACAAACUCUACGGCUCCGUGUUCACCGGCGCCAGCAAGUUCCGCUGCAAAGACUGCAGUGGUGCCUAUGACACGCUAGUGGGGCUCACGGUCCACAUGAAUGAGUCCGGUCACUACCGCGAUGACAACAAGGAGAAGGAGGAGGAGCGGGGCAAGCGUUGGUCCAAGCCCCGCAAGCGCUCCCUAAUGGAGAUGGAAGGCAAGGAGGAUGCUCAGAAGGUGCUUAAAUGCAUGUACUGCGGCCACUCCUUUGAGUCUCUGCAGGACCUGAGCGUCCACAUGAUCAAGACCAAGCAUUACCAGAAAGUGCCUCUGAAAGAACCGGUGCCGGCCCUGGCCACUAAACUUUUGCCCUCUGCCAAAAAACGAGCCCUUCAGGAUGCCCUGUUGUCCCCGUGCUCGCCAGACUCAGUCCACGGUGGUAGUGGUAGCCAUGUGUCCCAGGGGGAUGCAGGGAAAGACCCCAAGUCCACAUCGAACCCCUACGUCACACCCAACAAUCGUUAUGGCUAUCAGAAUGGUGCCAGUUACACAUGGCAGUUUGAGGCUCGCAAGGCCCAGAUCCUGAAGUGCAUGGAAUGCGGGAGCUCCCACGAUACACUGCAACAGCUCACCGCCCAUAUGAUGGUCACAGGCCACUUCCUUAAGGUCACCAACUCUGCCUCAAAGAAAGGCAAGCAGCUGGUCUUUGACCCAGUGGUGGAGGAGAAGAUUCAGUCCAUCCCUUUACCACCCACCACCACAAGGUUGCCUGUCCCCAGCCUCAAGUCUCAACCUGUCUCCCCAGCACUCUCUACUAGUUCUGAUGAAAAGAGAGAACCAGAGGAUGAGAGGAUGGAGGCGAGCGAGCCCGGAAUAAAGAAGAUCAAAGAGGAGAAGGAAGAACCAGACGAGAAGACCGAGGUGGACACUGGAUCGUACAAGUACCUGAGAGAGGAGGACCUGGAGGAGGCUCCUAAAGGAGGCUUGGACAUCCUCAAGUCUCUGGAGAACACGGUCUCCAGUGCCAUCAGCAAGGCUCAGACGGGCACGCCUCAGUGGGGCGGUGGCUACCCCAGCAUCCACGCCGCCUAUCAGCUCCAGGGCCACAUGAAGUCCUCGUCCUCUGCAAUGCACUCCUCAGUCCAGAGCGUGCAGAUCCAGCCGGUGUUCAACAGCGGUAUCCGCAGCCUGGUGAGCCAGGACCCAGGCUCAGUGAUGCACUCGCCCAGGAGCCCCACUUCUCCUCUUUCUCUCAGGAGCAACGUCACUGCCAUGGAAGAGCUGGUGGAGAAGGUCACAGGGAAAGCAGCUGCUGUGGUGAAGAAGGAGAAAGAAGAGAAGAUGGUGAGCUUGGACCGCCACAGGUCAGCGUCCCUGGUCAAGUCCCCCUCUCCUGUACUGAAAGAGACGAGGGACCACCACUCGGCACCCAACGACCUCACCAUUGGGAAGGCCCUGGUUCGGAACAGCAGCCCCGGAGGUGUGGAGUUGGAGACGGUCUGCAAGAAGGAGCCCAAGGAGCGGUUGGUAGAUAACCACAACAGCCAUUCAAAGAACAGCCCAGAGGCCCGCAAGUCACCCCUCACAAAUGGCACCAACAGCCUGGGCAUCAUCACCGAUCACUCACCCGAGAGGCCUUUCAUCAACCCGCUUAGCGCACUUCAGUCAAUCAUGAACACCCACCUGGGCAAGGCCUCCAAGCCCGUCAGCCCGACGGGCGACCCGCUGGCCAUGCUCUAUAAGAUUAGUAACAGCAGGAUGGAGAAACCGGCCUUCAACCAGACUCAGGCCAAGCAAGCGGAGCCCAUCAACCGCUACUACCAGUAUGAGAGCAACGACCAGCCUAUUGACCUUAGGAAGUCCAAAAACACUAACACCAAUGGCAGCAGCUGCAGCACUGUCUUAAACAGCCACAGCGGCGUUAAUGGUCACAAACCCAUCAUGUCGAGCCUAACUCUGUCAGAUGUUUCUUCUCCCUUGAGAGAGAAUGCUUUGAUGGACAUAUCAGACAUGGUAAAGAACCUUACAGGGAGGCUGACGCCCAAGUCCUCCACCCCGUCUUCCAUCUCAGAGAAGUCAGACGCAGAUGGAAGCGCAUUUGAGGAUGCUCUGGAAGAUUUAUCACCAGUCCAGAAGAGGAAAGGUCGGCAGUCUAAUUGGAACCCUCAGCACCUUCUCAUCCUCCAGGCUCAGUUCUGCUCCAGCUUGCGGGAGACCCCGGAGGGUCGCUAUGCCAUGACAGACCUCGGCCCUCAAGAGAGGGUUCACAUCUGCAAGUUCACGGGCCUCUCCAUGACCACCAUCUCUCACUGGCUGGCCAACGUCAAGUACCAGCUCCGAAGGACUGGCGGGACCAAGUUCUUGAAGAACAUGGACUCAUGCCAGCCUGUGUUCCUCUGUGGAGAUUGUGCUUCCCAGUUCAGGACUGCCUCCACCUACAUUGGUCACCUGGAGUCUCACCUGGGCUUCAGCUUAAAGGACUUGUCCAAGCUGUCCAAUGAGCACCUACGGGAGCAGCAGGCUGCCUCCAAGGUGAUCACAGACAAAAUGACUUUUGGCAGCACCCUGGCAUCCCUGACCGCGCCAGAGGACGACACUGGCUCAGUUUAUCAGUGCAGGCUUUGCAAUCGAACAUUCGUCAGCAAGCAUGCUGUCAAACUUCACCUCAGCAAAACCCAUGGCAAGUCACCAGAGGAUCAUCUGGUAUACGUCACUGCUCUCGAGAAGCUGGAGAAGUAGUGAAAGGGUCUGGAGCUGCAGAAAGAGACAAAUGAACAGACAGAAAGACGGCUGUGUAACUGACCAGAAUUUCAUUGCACUAAAAUAACAUUGUUAACAGUUUCUGCACUGGGCCAAACUGAGCCGCCAGAAAUCAGUCUUAUUUUUUUUGUUGUGAUACUGCCUGACUGGACCAUGUCUUUUCACAUUAAUUUUACUUUGGUUUUUGUUUUUAUUUUGCCAAGCUUUUUUAACACUUAUUUUGUAAUGUAUUUAUAUGCUAUUUGUCUGAUCUGUGCAUGUAUUUUAGUGAACCAAGGUUAAACACAAGUUUUUAAUCUUUUCAUGACAAAAAAAACGACUACUGUUUCAAUGGUGACUAAAGUGGUGACUGAAAAAUUAAGUAGGGGAUAAAUAAAACUGUACAAUACUUGA